UCACAAUGGUCCGAACUUUGGAACCACUGGCAAAGAAGAUCUCUAAAGGAGUUUUAGUAGCUGAAUUCCUGGGCGUUUUUGGAGCAUUUAUUUCGUUUAAUAAGAUGGACACAAGCAAAGAUUUUAGGCAAACAAUGAGCAAGAAAUUUCCCAUCAUCUUGGAAGUUUAUUACAAAUCCAUUGAAUAUUCUGGAAUGUAUGGAGUCAGAGAGCAAGAUCAAGAAAAAUGGUUGAACAGCAAAUGUUAGAAAUUUGGCCACUGAUCACGGUUUACCCUAUCUUAUAGUAUCAGGCACGAAUAGAUUUCCAAAGUUGACAUGGAUAGAUUUUGGAAUAUUUAAGGAAAAAUGUAAAUUCUAAUUAAGCCAGAGGUUUCUUUGGACUAACAGUGAAGAAAUUUAUGGAAAGUAUGUUUAUUAUUUAUAAAU